AUGUCCACGUUGCCCGUUUAUCCUGAUCCCAUCUAUCAGCACUUCAUCAGUAGCCUUCUUUGGUGAAUCAAAUUCUGGUCUAGAUACCCAUUACAUUUUGUGAGUACCGUACCUCGGAUUUAGCUGGCUUUGAUGGCUCUGUAUUUGUUCUUAGUUCUAAAACCUAAAAUAAUCCUGAAAACAACGCCUGGAGGAGAAAACUCCAGGCCCCUUCUCCAUUUCCCCAUAAGCAACCAAGAUUGUAUCCAUUCGUUCUUGAUUUGCUACUGUAGUCACCCUAUUCAUAUUGAAACAUUUUAACAUUUCAAAUAGAGACACAAGAAACUCCAGAUGUUGGGAACUUGAGCAAAAUACAAAAUGCUGGAGGAACUCAACGGGGUAGGCAGCAUCUGUAAAGGAAAUAGACAGGCGACGGUUCGAGUCGCAUCCCUUCAGAAUGAUAACAGUUAAAAUGUUUAACAAGAGGCUUAAAAGCCAUUGCACCAUGUCAUAAAAUAUGCUCGCCCAUCAGAGGGAGAAUAAAAAUAGACCUCAAUUUAUUUUUCCGUGUCAGUUUACUAAUUGAUUUUGGCUGUGGUGGAGAUUCUGUGGGCGCGAGUUCUGAAUUUUGCCAAGUUAAAAGUGAGACACGAUCGUUAGUUUCUUUACCCCUUUCUGUGUGUCUGUAUUUUAGUUUAAAAUAAGUUGUUAGACCCCGGCCAACCCCGCCUUCCUCAUCCCACGCAACCCGUGCAGCUGACUGCCAACGCCAAACUCCACCUCGUUUCCCCAGUCCAUUCUGCACUUGGCUGCAAGCAACGUGAUACCCACAUCAGACGCAAACUGAAAAAUGCUCUCUCUCUCUCUCUCUCUCUCUCUCCCUCCACCCUCCCAUUGGGUUUCAUUAUGAGGGCAGCCUAUUAAUAUCUACAUAAUUAGCUUCCCACCCCCACAUUCCCCUGGAAAAAAAGAGCCAAGUCUCCCAGUUUAGUGUCUUAGCCCCGAUUUUGCCGAUUUGGGGUGAAAUUCCGCAACCUCUUCCUGCAGUUGCUGGCAACGGCAGCCAGAGCCGUCAUUCGCGCCGAUCUCUUCGGCGAGGGAGAGGUGCAAGAAGCCGGCGAAGAUGCUUUUGGGAGCAGUCUUCGUCUUGGGCUUAGUUCUGUGCAGUGGAUUCCACAACUUCACCGGCAAAACUCCCAAAGCGACGCCAGAUGUUUGGGACGACUCGAAGGAUGAGACUCAAACCGGGAAAGCGGCCAGCGCGCCCGAGGAGCCGGACAACACCGUAUCGGAGUUGUUAAGGGACUAUGACAAAUUGAAAGCCGUGUCUGAGGGUUCGGGUUGCCGUUGCAAAUGUGUGUUCAGACCACCGGGCCGGGAUGGCUGUCGUCGGGUCGAGGAAGAGACCCUCAGCUUGGAUGAUUCGUACACGAUAGAGACCAUCAGCUCGGGACCGCAUUGUAAAUGUACCUGCCUCGCCCCACCCUCGGCGCUCGAUCGCUGCCAGCGGCCAAUCGGGUUGCAGAAACCCCGGGAGGGGGAUGGCAACGGGCUCAAGUUCUCCUCCAUGGUGGAACUUUUAGAAGACACCAUCUUUGGAUUGGACCUCUUAAAGCUGCACUCCAUAACAACCAAAUUGGUCAAGCAUAUUGAAAAAUUGGAUGAGACACUGACUGUAAAGACGCCGGGAAGAGAUCGGCCCAGUGCCGACAGUGUCAACAAGGUUCAGAACAAGAUGGAGAAGAAGGAAAAUCACACCACCACUCAUAGCACAAAGAAAGAGAUGACUGACAUUAGCACAAACUUCCUGCAGAGAGACGCAGCUGCCACCUACACCCAGACUGAGGAAAGGCACAUCCGUACACGACCUGACAAGUUUGACAAAGAGUUCCAUCGGAAGAGGGAUGAAAACAAAGACACUAAACCACUGAUUGUGUUGCGGACAGAGCAGAAGCGAUAUGAGAGACACCAUAAGCAGAGACAUUCCCAAAGGCCGACCAUUAUACGAGCCACAUACUACAAGGCAAAAGCUUCAGAGGACUCGGAGAUGGUGGGGGAUGAAGAAGUGGCAGAGGAUGAGCAAUCCAGCUCUGCCAGUGGUGAGGAUGGAACCCUUCUCUUUUUGGAUGACCAACUUAUUAAGCAGACUGAAUCAGCGGGUAAUGAUUCUCAAAGAACAAAUCCUGUUCUUACAACCAUCGUUCCAGAGACAGCAACACAAUCCAGAAGCCAGCUGAAUCUCACGGACGAAAUGGAGUCUUUGACGGAUGCAACAAUACUUGUUGCAGGAUCAACAAUUCCCAGUGUGACCACCUCCUCCAGCAGUAACAAUACAACUAACUUUACUGUGACCAACCCAGAUCCACACUUUGCUAAGACCAGCCAAUUCAAUGCCUCAGAGCCCGCCACUGUUAUCACCACCACUGCUUCCAUCCCACUUCCCAUUCAUACUCUUGUUUCAGCUCUUACCAUAAACUCCACAGCAAACACAACUUUUACCUCCUUCCCAAUCCCCACCCCCACCAUGCCGAACGUAACUCACAUCACAGCCUCACCAGCUACUGGUACCAUUGCUCCCAUUUUACCACCCAAUACUGCUCCCACAUCCCCUGCAGUCACCACCACGACAAUUCCUACUGAUGAAGUUCCCAUCACCAUCACAGUCUCCAUCCUCACUGACGAUGCAGAAACCACUUCAACCCACUCGAACACCAUUGCUGCCGUUUCCUCCAUAGCACCCACAACUAGCACCACGGACACGGUAGCAGCCCCCAUUACCACUAGCGCUACUACAAUUACUCCCGAGGAUCCCACCACCCUCCCUGUAACCAAUGCAUCUACCACCAUGAGUACUGUACCCACCGUCACACCUACCACCAUGAUCACCACAACUGUACCUAACACAACACCCACUACAACCACAAUACCAACCACCGUGACCACCAUACCCACAACACGCACCACUACACCAACACCGACCACAACCGCCAUACCCACAACUAUCAAAACCACCCUACCAACCACAACCCUAUCCACCACAACAACCCUACCCACAACAACCACAACCCGACCUACAGCAACACCCACCACUAUGACUGCAAUACCUACCGCAACAUCCACUACAACCACACCCACCACAACUACUACAACCACAUCUGCACUGACCACGACCAUUGCACCCACCACCACCUCACCCACUACCACUUCAACCAUGGCAGACAACGUCACCAGCCCCAAGCGAAAAACCACAACCCGUUCACCAAAAGCGAGGACAACUUUAAUCGCUCCCCAUGCCAGAAAGAAACCUAAAGUGGAGGGCACACGGAGACAACGUGUAAACCACAAAUCGAAUGAUGGUUACAGAACUUUUGAUGAGUGCAAGGAGACGUUGUCUACUAUCGCUAAACCCAAGACUAAGCACAUUUAUGGGAGGAAUGAAGGGGCCUGGAUGAAGGAUCCAUUUGCGCGAGGUGACAAAAUCUACAUCACCAAUUAUUAUUAUGGUAACACCUUAAUAGAGUUUCGCAACAUGGAAACCUUCAAACAAGGUCGCUGGAGUAACUCAUACAAACUUCCCUACAAUUGGAUUGGGACUGGCCAUGUGGUAUAUCAUGGGGCUUUCUACUACAACAGAGCAUUCACACGCAAUAUCAUCAAAUAUGACCUGAGGCAAAGAUUUGUGGCAGCCUGGAGCCAUUUGCAUGAUGUGGUGUUUGACGAGGCCACUCCCUGGAGGUGGAAGGGCCACUCGGAAAUAGACUUUGCAGUUGAUGAAAAUGGUCUUUGGGUCAUCUACCCUGCCAUUGAUGACGUGGGCUCCUUGCAAGAAGUGAUAAUGAUCAGCAGACUCAACACCGUUGACUUGUCCAUCCAGAAGGAGACCACCUGGAGGACUGGCCUGAGGAAGAACUAUUAUGGCAACUGCUUUAUAGUUUGUGGUGUGCUGUAUGCAGUGGACAGCUACAAUAAGAAGCAUGCUAACAUUUCGUAUGCUUUUGACACUCACACAAACACUCAAAUCAAUCCAAAGAUGCCAUUUAUCAAUGAAUAUUCAUACACCACUCAGAUCGACUAUAACCCCAAAGAGCGCAUCCUGUAUGCAUGGGACAAAGGCCAUCAAGUCACAUAUGGGGUCACAUUUGCCUAUUAGAAUUAAAAACACAUUGACAUUUGUGAUGGCUUUGUAAAAAAUAUAUAUAAGGGGAUUGAUGUUCUUCUAUUCAUUCACAGAUUGUAGAUCAAUCUGUUUUGUGUUAAUAUAAUCAAAGUAACCUACUUUAAACGAGAGACAAUAAAGCAGACACACAAUGGCCCCCUUUGACUCGCGCUUUAUAUAAUAAUUGCAUUCCUUGCAUGUCAUGACUGAGAGGAAUAUGAUGCCUGCCGGACUUCCUUGCUAAAUUUCAAGCAGAUCAUUCUUUCUGCUUAAAUUUGGCAUGCUUGCUGAUCAUCAAAACUGCAUGCUCCAUUAGCAUUGGUCACUUUGCAUUGAAGAAUCCAGCCUCUCUACCCAUGUCUCUGCACUUUGAACUGGCCUUCAUGGGACUGUUGGAAAAAAUCACAGUGAUGAUUCAGUUCCAUAGAUGUAAUAAAGUUUAGAUAUUAUAAAUCAUGAAACAACUACUUUAAGCAUCGUAAUCUCAUACCUUGAAAGACGACAUAAUGAUAAAUGGUACAAUAUGCACCACCUUCCAAAGGCCAAAUAGCUGAUCUCUGUUUCCAAGCAUUCAGUAUUGUGGAUUAUCCCCUCAAUGACUGAAAGGUAUGAAUUAUUGAUGUAUGGAUUGCACCUUACAUUCACCGAUUAGAAAUGGCCACUUCCCAUGAUGCAUUAUUAAUUGUCAUGUGCUUUAUAGUUACAAAUAUUUUCCUAGCAUUUAGAUUUUGCGAAUAAAUUGGAUAUAAAUCUAAUCUUGCACUUUCUGUGAAAUGCAGGGAUUGGGUAUAUUUGGUAUUGACGAGAAAAGUUAAUAUGAUGGCUUGCUCUAGGCACUGCUAAUUCACUUUGCUUUUGAAAAGGAACGAUUAGAUUCUCAUCAAUAUAGCAGAUUGUUAGUGUCUGAAACUGACAUUGUAAUAUGAUGUGCAAUCAAUGAUGCCUGUAUUAACCAUCUGGUAGAUGUGGAACUUAACCAGAUGAUACAUCAGUUAUAAAAAAAACUGAUCUCAUGUUAUCCAGGUGUUUCUUCACCAUAUCCUGUAAGUUGUGGCAUUUUAUUUUUUAUUCGAUAAUUGAUAUAAAGCAAACUGGUUUGCUUAGAACAUCUGUACUGCUUGGAGUCAGUAGAAUGCAAUAUAAUGCUUCUGACAUCAAUUAGGUAUCCCCCACCAUUUUAUGGCUGAAUGUGUGUGUUUGCUAAGGUAAUGGACCACAGUGUUUUGUACUGUGCCUUAUGGGUUAGGAUUGGGCUUUCCCAAGCCAAGAAUCAAAAACAAAGAAACUUGCUCUGUAAUUCCCUCAUAGUUUCAUGAGAAGAGGAAAAUUGUGCUUGUCAGGCAUCCUUGCUGAGUUUCAAAAGGAUUAUUGUUCUUGCCUAAACCUGGUACGUGCUUGCCAACAAAGCCACAAGCUUUUAUAUCAAUUGCUUUGCACAGAAGAAUCCAACCUCAGUGUAAGUUGCAGCAGUGCCAGAGUACUAAGUUUGUUGUCUUCCACAGUAAGCAGCCCUCCCACAGUAAGAAACCCCACUCAGGAUUUAAUAAUGGAUGUGUAGUUCUGUGGUUCCACUUGGAAAUCAUUAAGAUUUUCACAAAAUUAUGAAGGAUUCUUAGCCACGACAGACGUUCUCAUCUCUUUGGGGGACACAAGGAAUAAACUGGAUCGAACCCAUGUCUAAGAGGCAUGAGAACAAGGCAGCAGCCAGUUUCCCACCACUGCCUCCAUUUCCAUGGGUACUCGUGGCACAUUUUCCCAGUAAAACACAGACGUGAGCCACAUAAUGACUUGCUCUAAGCAUUGGUAAUUCAAUAUGCCUUUGAAAAGUGGCAAUCAGGUUAACAUCAAUGCAAUAACUAAAUAUCUCUGAUAUGGACUACAUAGACACAUAAAACUAGUGGCUACUAUUCACCUCCAAAAUCUUCCAGAACCAGGAGAUAUAAAGUGAGAGGAAGCGAAGAGAUGUAGCAACUUUUCCCACCCUUUUAUGCAAUGUCAAAAGAAACAUAUUUAUGGAGAACAUAUAUGUUGAUGAAAAUAAACUGAUGCUGUCUGUUAAUUAAAUAUCAAAUAAUCUUAUCUAUAAUGAUUAAAUAAUGGCUUCACUUGACAUGUGGAAUUAAUUGCUGAUUACUGUGUUACAAAACAAAAAAAAGAUAUUUCACUUCAGAUAGAUUGAAAUCUCCAUGAAAAUAUGAGGCAAUGGAAAUCAAGAGGACAGCUCACUUCCACCUUUCCAAGGAUAAGGGGUGAGCACUAAACACCAGACAAUUUUUUCCACAUUCCGUAAAUGCAUAAAACAUGAAAAAUGUUAGUGAUCUAUAUUCCAAAUUCCAAAGGAAGCAUUAAAACAUUCAUUUUUUGCCUUCAUUAAUUGUUUCAUUGAGUUAAAAUGCAAGUUCAUGCGCAAUAGAAUAGAUAAACUGUUGCCGUUUUAGUUGUUGAUGUUGUCAGGCAGGCAGUUGCUAACAGAAGGAGCCAACUUCAAAUCAAACAUUGUAUAGCUUGUUAUAAGUAUUCUAUUUGUCCGGGAUCUCCUUUCAAUUAUGCAACAUUAAAAUGCACUGGUUUCCAACCACCUUGGCAUUUAUAGGUCCUGCAUAUCAAAAUCAGUUCAAAGGAGAUUAACUAUUAUGGAAGACUGCUACCAAAAUGAAGCUCAGCAAUAGGAGGAGUUAGCUAUAUGUACUCAGUUAUGAAUGCUGAGGUUGUUGGACCAAUUGUUUUUUUCUAUGACUGUGUAAUAAAUUUGUUUGACAAUUGAAACUUGAGUCUAAUUCAAGUGUAGUGUUAUUCUAUGGUCAUUUGCAAGAAUGAUUUGCAUUUAUCCAAUGCAUAUGUUGUCCUUAAAAUAUGGCUUCUUCAUUUGUUUCAAGAAAUUAGAACUGAAAUCUCACAACUAUGUUCCAGUUAAUUCUUCCCUCAGCUCCACUUUUUGCCCACUUUCCCUUUUUAACCUCAAAUUGGCAUCCCAAUUGGAUGGAUUUACACUCUUCUCCUGCUGCAUUUUUAUAACAUCAUGCUCAAAGUAUGCUGUUAAAUAUUAAGGUCUGACCGUUACAAUUUUAAAUUCAUACAGGAUGGCAAGACAAUGGUAUUAUUGUAAACUUCAAUAUGAAGGUAAUGAAAUUGAGGCAGGGUGCCCUACAAUGGGAAAACUUUGAAAAUGAGCAGAUUAAAUGAAAUAAUGCAACUGGCCGUCACUUAUUUUUUGAUAAGUGAUAAACUUUUUCCAAACAGCUUACUGUUGUUAUCGCCAUUUGCGAACAUCAACUUAUCAGAAAAGGAUUUCCAGGUAAUUAAAAUAAGUAAUUUUAAUAAGUAAGAGAGUGGUGAAUCUCUGGAACUCUCUGCCACAGAGGGUAGUUGAGGCCAGUUCAUUGGCUAUAUUUAAGAGGGAGUUAGAUGUGGCCCUUGUGGCUAAGGGGAUCAGGGGGUAUGGAUUGAAGGCAGGUACGGGAUACUGAGUUGGAUGAUCAGCCAUGAUCAUAUUGAAUGGCGGUGCAGGCUCGAAGGGCCGAAUGGCCUACUCCUGCACCUAAUUUCUAUGUUUCUAAGUAAAUGCCAGAGUUAAAAUAAGAAAAGUGUACCAUUUAAAAAGUAAUUUCUUAUCCGAAUCACUGAUUAAACUAAGUUAUACUAUGGGUAAGUUAUGAAGCAAGUGUUUAGUUAAAAGUCUUAUGGGCCUGUCUCACUUAGGCGACUUUUUAGGCGGCUACAGGAGACUAUGCAGUCGCCACAUGUUCGAGGGUGGUUGCCGGGGAGUUGCCUUCAUGGUCGUGAAUAGUCCCCGCAUUCUCAGAACUAGUCACGCCUUCAUUUUGGUCACCGCUAAUUUUUCAA